GAACUUAACUCAGCAAUAAACCCUAUUAACUUUAGCGUGGAUAAACUUAGAUUAGUAGCCGUCGAUUACCUACGAGUUCUAGACGCAGAUACAAAAUCCCCUUAUCUAAGUCCCGUUACGAAGCGUAUUAGGUAUAUAUUACUCUAUUUUAAUUAUAAGGAGCUUUGUAAUCACCCUAAGAAUUACUAUCCUACUCCGCUAUCGAAGCCCUAUACGAGCUACACGACCCGCGUAUAUCUAAUCCCCGGCAGAGUCGCCGUAAUAAGAUUACUAUAUACUAUAUCCGACGAGAAGACUCGGCCAGGCACUAUUUAUAUCUUUAAGAAUUUAGAGCCUAUAGUUAAACUCCUUAUAUUUAGGGAGAUCACGUACGAUCUGCGUAAGGUCCUUUUCGAUAAGGAUAUCGGUCUUCUCAGACCGAAGGACAUAGCGGCCAUCCUCAAGGAUGAUACGAGAGCCCUAGCCUUCCACUAG